CUCCAGGUGAUGCUGGUUGGUGACUCUGGAGUUGGCAAGACCUGCUUGCUCGUGCGGUUCAAGGAUGGCGCUUUCCUGGCCGGGAGCUUCAUCUCCACAGUGGGGAUCGAUUUCCGGAAUAAAGUCUUAAAUGUGGAUGGCGUGAGAGUAAAGCUGCAGAUCUGGGAUACAGCAGGCCAGGAGAGAUUUCGCAGUGUGACACAUGCGUACUACCGCGAUGCUCAUGCUUUACUGCUCCUCUAUGAUGUUACAAACAGAGCAUCCUUCGACAACAUCCAGGCUUGGCUGACAGAAAUCCAUGAAUAUGCCAAGCAAGAUGUGGUCCUUAUGCUGCUGGGAAACAAGGUGGACUCAACUCAGGAGCGAGUGGUGAGGCGAGAAGACGGGGAGAAAUUAGCCAAGGAAUACGGAGUGCCCUUUAUGGAGACCAGUGCCAGGAGCGGACUGAAUGUCGACUUGGCAUUCGUAGCCAUUGCCAAGGAGCUGAAGCACAGAUCUCUGAAGCUGCCCAGCGAGCCCCGGUUUAAGCUUCACGACUACGUCAAGAAGGAAGUGAAAGGUGCUGGCUGCUGCAGACCGUGAGCAGCCGAACGUCCGUGCUGCUGCCCAGCCGCACCCCUUGCAACAAGCUUCCCAGUGUGUGCCGCUGAAUCGGUGUGCUGCUCUCCCACUGCAUCCUUGCAGAAACCACGUGCUGUUUUGUGUCUUGUCUGUCUGGGCGAAACGGGACAUGUGAAAGCUUGGAAAAAGCAGAGGCCCAGUCUUUCCAGGCAGCCAAGUAUGGCUUUUAAAGGAUCAGCUGGAGGGUUGGGCUGAUUAGGAACUGGAAUUGGGCUGCUGCUGGCCUUUGAGCAGCUCUGCAAGAACCCAGCAUGAACACCACUGAAAUGAGUGGGGGUUGUGGAAGUUCGUGUGGGCACCACCUCAGUGGCUGACGUGUGUCUUGCAAGCACCAUUUCUAGUGGCCCAAGGGAGACAGAAGGGAAUUGCUGUUUCCUGCUGAGUUUUACUAUAUAUUCCUGUCUACUUUGCUCUUGGUUCUUUUGCUACUGGAAGUACUACUGGUUGACCUUUUGAGCACAAAUGCUUUGGGUGUUUUGAGCUUUUGUAGAGAAGUGUAAUACAGAGAAAGCUGGUUUUGUAUGUUUGAAAUAUGUUUUACUGCAAUUUGUCUCCUACUCAACUGUAAAACAUCCUUGGUUUGUCUUCUGUGACUGCUUCUCAAGGAGGAUGGCAGGUCCCUGCUGUCCUUCACUAACCAAGCACCCGGCUGUAUGCAAGCAAGCGGGAUGAGGUAGAGUGGAUAGCAGGCUACAGCCAAGAGAAAACUCAAGUCAAAGUCUAGCGCAGCAAGAAGUGAGGAGGGUUAGACCCCUUCGAGUGUGCCGACUUCCAUUGAGAUGGUUUUAGGGGAGCAGAAGAGCACUCUUCCUCAUUGGCAGAAGUCUA